AUGACACGUGUAUGGUGCAGAUCCAACACCCGAUCUGACGCUUAUCUUCUUAUACUGGCGACGGCGAAUGAGUGGGUUGAACAAACUUAUCUUGGAAAAUUUCUUUUGACAUCGACAAAGUGUUUCAUGUUUCAUCAUGAUGAAGAAGUUUUGGAAUAUUUUGAUGCAAAUAAUUCCGAGGCAUGA